AGGCUUGAUGAGGAGCGCGGCCAUGUUGCCCGGGCAGCUGCAAGACUUCAGCAUCCGCAACGCGGAAUGCUUCUGCUGCUCCAACAAUCACCGGUACCCGGACACGGGCGCCUGGCUGCAGUGCGACCGCAGGCUCGUCUUCAAGACGCUGCGGCAGUGGUACGGAGACGACUGGGAAGAGGGCGAGACGUUCCUCGACAACUUCGACACGCAGGUGCGGAACCGCCUCAGGGACGAGGUGUUACAGGGCGUCUUGGGCGCUGGAAUGCUGCACCUGGAAUACACCCUCAGCCUGGUCUACGUGGUAUACUUGCCAUUUCUGAGCUACUGGAUGCGUGAAGUGGCACGGGGACCCGAAGAAGAGCUUGCUGGUUGGGAGAUGCUUGCAUGGAGUGUCAAACAAGUGUGCAAGGUGGCCAAGCAUCCCAUCGGCGGGCUGAUGAACAUGUGGCUCCUGGUGGCUGCAUGCACAGUGGGCUUGUCCCUGACGCGCCACUGCUCGCAGAGUCUGGCAGCACUGGCUAUCAGCUUUCCGGCCAUUUGCUUGGCCUCCUUCGUGUGGAUGCCCUUCGAGUUGUUGCAGAGCCUCACAGACGAGACCAGCGUGCUGAUGCUGAUUCCGGUGCUGGUCUAUGGAGCGUUGGCCAGCUACCUCUACAAGCCUCGGCGCUACCGAGCUCAAGAUGGCCGGACUGAGCAUGCUCACUCUUUGAGUGUGGAUGCGCUGAAGGAGAUGCCAAAGGAAGAGAAGAUGCCGACAGAGGCAGAGGACACCCUGAAUGUUUGACUGUGGCUGCUCCUCGGUUUUUUCCCAGCUUCUAUUGUCAGAAGUUUUGGUUGCGUUUUCAGCGUUCUGCUGAAAAAGCCAGAUCGGUGGCUUUUCGCUUUCGAGCUUUCUGCUCACAUUAAUGUUUAUCCUGGCUUGGCGGCAAGAAAUUUGCGCCUUUUUCAGCCGAAACACCUCGUGGUCGCUGGUGGAACCCAGUGACAGCUGCAGAGAGCAGGAGGGUUUCGAAAUGCUCAUAACCCCAAACAUGUGUAUGCACA